UGCGUUUAAUUUGCUUUAUUGCGUUUGUGUUAAAGAUGAAAGAUUACAUUGUUAAAAAUAGGGUGAUGAAUAAACCAAACCAUUGUUGAUAGUCUUAUCCACCUUGCGUGAGCUACGAUCCGAGCGCCACGUCAGAAUAAAAUCAACGGACCAGAUCUCCCCAAUCGCCUUUAAAAUCAUCUCCACCUUCAUCGUUCAUACGAAUAUCUUUUUCCACAGCAACAUCUGUGAAAAAAACAUAACUUGACUCGAGCCAUGGGCAUACUUGAUCAUCUCUGGGAUGAUACCGUCGCUGGUCCUCGGCCGGAGAACGGCCUUGGCAAGCUUCGGAAACACCAUACCUUCAGUUUCCGGCCUAGCUCCGGCAAUGAUCAAUUGGACGGUGGAAACGUGGGAUCGUACGGUGGAGAUUCGCCGGAUGAAGGUUUGAAAGUGACACGCAGCAUCAUGAUAAUAAAACCACCAGGAUACCAAGGCGGUUCAGCUCCGGUUUCGCCGGCCGGUUCAACUCCACCGAUUUCUCCUUUAUCUGAAUAUUUUAUGUGAGAGGAGCCAUGUUAUGGUUUGAAGUGAAUGCAUGAGAGGUUACUAACGAACUUGGACCCUUUGGGAUGUUAACGGAGCAAACGCAAGGUCGACUUCGGACGCGUUCGAGAAGGCAGCAGGAUCAGAGAAUGGACCAAGGAACUCUCCUCCUACUUACGGCGUGUGAUCUCUAAUCUCUAACCCCAAAUCUUUAACUAGAGAAGGAGAAGAAGAAGAAAAAUCAGAGUAAGCGAUUUCGUUUUGAUACAUGGAGGUGGUCGUUGCAUGCAGAGUUCGUCUUUAUUCCUUUUGUAAGCUAAGCUAAAGAGCUUCUCUUUUGUUUAUGCGUGUAUGAGGUUGUUUCCAUGUUUGUGAUUGCGUCUCGCCGUCUCUGUUUUUUUAGUGUGUGGGUAUGUGUGCCAUCUCGUUUUCGCUAUGCUUUCUACGUGUCUGUACAUAUUUACUGCAAUGAUAAUAAACUUAUGUAGUUCUUUUUU